AAAAGACAAUGCAGUGAAGAGGGAGAGAGAAAAAGAGAGCCGACUUGAGUUGGAACAAAAUGCAUCAUUCCCUGUUUCAAGCAGACGGCUGUUGAUUAUGGUGGAGAAAUCAAUAUGCUGGAUAAUUCCCAUUUCUCAUCAGCUUAGGUUAGGAUGAGGGAACAAAGUAAUUGCGCCACAAGUGAAGAUGACACUCCAGUUUCUUUCUGAAGAAAGGUCAUUGAUGAGGAAAAUGUUGUGUUUUCAGUGAAGUUUUUUCUUAAUGAGGGAUAUCAUCAAUGUAGUACAGUGUUCAUUGUGACAGCAAAUGAAACAAAAACAUAGGAGGAGGAAAUGGUAAUUAUGUGUGUUAAUCGGGUGACAAGCCUAUCUGAUUUGGCCUUCAUAGUGUUGGAUAAUUACUGUUUUCAUGGAUUGGUCUGACUAGAGGGGAUAACUAUUAUCUCUGCUUGUACACACCUAUCCCCAACAAAGAGAAGAGGUGAGAACCACUCAGACUAAUUGACCAUGACAAAUUCGUCAAAGAAUGCUUACCCUUUAGGAGAUGUGGGCCUACCUCAGCUGGUUUAUCUGACCCAUGAGGGGACAUUGACCAGUAUCUGUACACACCGGCCAGUUCGGCAGUCCUACGACACUGACCAGACAUCUUCUCAGCGCUGCUGGGGCUGGUUCUACUCGUGUUGCUGCUGCCAUUUUAACAGGACCAUGAAACUGUCCCAUGCCAAAGGCAUCUCAAAACGUCUCUCUGAGAUUGCCCGAUGGAGUAGACUGUGGAAGAUCAUACAAGAUGAAGAGUGUGAGCAGUGCUCGGAUUUAAUUGAUGCAGAGAACGAGAGCGACUUGCGUGUCAAAAGAUUCCUAAUGGAUAGGUCCAUUCUGAAAGUCCACCUGCCCAAUGGGGGGUUCAAUAUGGUGAAAUAUGGAGAUGCAACCGAUGUUAAGGACAUCAUCAAACUUGUGGUUGGCAGGCUAGCUGCAGGAGAGCGAUACUAUGCCAAGUGUUAUGCCCUUAAAUUAGUACAUGUUCAGUCCAAAGAGUCAUACUGGCUUCACAAUAAUCUGUCCAUGUACCAGGUCAGGCAGAAGUAUGAAUCCUCUCAUCCGCCAGAGGAGUGGAGGUAUGAAUUGAGGGUCAGGUAUCUACCAAAGAAUUUUUCAGACCUUUACUUGAGAGACAAAGUGACCUUCUUUUACUUAUAUGAUCAGGUCCGCAAUGAUUAUAUGAAAGACCUAGCUGAAUCUAUAGAACCUGAUGUUGCCAUUCGUCUAGGCUGUAUAGAAAUGAGACGGUUUUUUAAAGAUAUGCCACAAGUAGCCUUAGACAAGAAAUCUAAUUUUGAGUAUUUAGAAAAAGAAGUUGGUUUUAAAAGAUUUCUCCCCAAGUCAGUGACAGAUUCGAUGAAGUCAAAGAACCUGAGGAAGUUGAUUCAAAAUCAUUUUAAACAGUAUGCCCAAUUAAAGGAGCACGAGUGUGUUUACAAGUUUUUUGAGACCUUAGCCACGGUGAACAAGUUUGACCAGGAGAGAUUCAAAUGUAAUGUUGGAUCCACCACUUCUUGGGGCAUUUCCAUGGAGAUUGUGAUAGGACCAGAGGUUGGCAUCAGUUAUCAGACAGAAAAGUCAUCAUCUCCUGUACAUAUGGCAGACUUCUCUCAAGUGAAGUCCAUUCAGACCACCACAUUCGAUGGGAGAGGGAUUCUCCAGAUAAGGAUCGCGGGGGCUGUGGACCCCUUGACAAUAACUUCCUCUCCCUCAGAGGUAGAAGACAUGGCCGACCUUAUUGAUGGCUAUUGCCGCCUGGUCCAUGAUAUUAGUACUUCGCUAUGGACGAGGAAAGCUUCUAUGGAUUGGCAAUUAUCAGUGGAUGAAGCACUCACUCGCUUAGAAAAAGGGGAUAGCAUUCCACGGACACCCAAGUCCAGCAUGAAGAAAUCGGGACAGAAAAAUGUCAUACACCAUGAAAGGAUUUCAGAUUAUGCUGAGAUUGUGGAGGAUGAGGGAGACUACAGCACUCCAGCAGGCCCUCUAGGUAGCAGACGGCGAAAGAAAACUCGUAAUUUUGAGUUGAAGAGAGAAGACAUUAAGUUACUGGAGGUGCUAGGAGAGGGCCAGUUUGGGGAUGUAUUCAAAGGUCUUUUUACAGACAAGGAUGAUGUGCAGUCGGCAGUGGCUGUGAAGACUUGUAAGGAGGAUAAUGAGGACUCAAUGAUGGAGAAGUUCUUAGAGGAAGCAUUGAUCAUGCAGCAGUUUGAUCAUCCACAUAUCAUCCACCUGGUGGGAAUCUGUUCAGAAACACUUCCUGUCUGGAUUGUCAUGGAGCUGGCCAAACAUGGAGAGAUGAGAGCCUACCUACAAAACAACCGUACAAGACUAGACCUGUGUACCCUGAUGUUGUAUUGUCAUCAGCUCAGUAAAGCACUGUCCUACCUAGAGAGCAAGAAGUUUGUUCACAGAGAUAUUGCUGCUAGAAAUGUGUUGGUAUCCUCACAUGACUGUGUCAAACUUGGUGACUUUGGUUUGUCCAGGGUUGUGGAUGAACAGAGUUAUUACAAAGCAUCAAAAGGCAAACUUCCUAUAAAGUGGAUGGCUCCAGAAUCCAUUAAUUUUAGGAGAUUCACGACAGCUAGUGAUGUUUGGAUGUUCGGAGUGUGUAUGUGGGAGAUUCUGAUGUAUGGCAUUAAACCAUUCCAAGGUGUGAAGAACAAUGACGUGAUUGGUAAGAUAGAGAACGGGGAGCGACUACCCCUGCCGAUAGACUGCCCUCCCUCCCUAUACAACCUGAUGUGCCAGUGCUGGUCAUAUGAACCCUCCAAAAGACCCUCAUUUGCUGAUGUUAAAAUUCGCCUUCGAGAAAUUUUAGAUGAAGAAAGAAAUCGGCAAGUUGAGGAGAUGAAAAGAGAUAAUCGAAGGAUACAAGAAAUAAACUGGACAGGGUCCAGUGGAUCAGAUAUUGAGGAACCCCCUCCAAAACCAGCCCGGCCUAAUUUCAUGACACCUGCUGGAUCCACCCCAAACCUUUCAAACAAUCACAGUGUAGACUCCCUCCCUCCACAGUGGGGAAGUACCACCCACCUCCCCAUUAGUCACAGUACACCACUGGGACCCAGUCCCCAACAACCCCUUCCCCUAACCCACACAGGUCCCCCAGUCAUGUCAAUUAUCCCAGAUCACCAAGGACCUCGAGAAAUCAACCUACAGAAUUACUUCCCCUCUUCCUCUGGAUACACCUCUGUACAACAGCAUCAACACCAUCUCCAUCAGAAUUCUGAAUUUGUGCCAGACAUGGGUAGAGGAGGAGCAGGCUACCCUGGUUAUCAUGUUCCUCGUAAUCCUCAUGAACUGUCAGAAAUGCUAUCCACAGGUCAGAGAAAUGCCCCCCCAUCUCCCAUUAAUUCUACUGUGAUAUCUGAUGUGUUACCGCAGAAUCUUCACUCUGAACAUGACUCCCCUGAAAAUGAGUGGGGGCGACCUGUGCCAGUGCCAGCGAGGCAUCUAAAUGACUCGGAAGACACAACUGUGAUAGAGCACCAGCUACGUCUCCAACAGAUGCAGUCUCAAGAGGAUGCCAAGUGGCUGCAGGACUCCGAAAAACACUUGAAAAGAGAUAAAGGGGCUAGUGCAAUCAGACAGGACGAGAGAGUUGGAAAUAACCACUCUUCAUCCAAUUGUCCUACCAUACCAAGAGAGAAUCCUCCCCAUCCAGAUGUGGUCACCAGAGUUCCUAGUCACACAUCAAGUGGUAGUCGAAGUAGUAGUACAAGUGAGUCGGAUGGUUUGUCAUCUCCACAGCAACCAGAGCCACCGGACUUGGACCGGACGAAUGACAAUGUGUACAAUAGUACAACAAGUGUUGUUCGGUCAGUGAUGACCUUGACAAAGGAAGCCAGUAGUGUGAAAGCAGAGGAAUACACAGUACUUGUCAAGGAUGUUGGAGUGAAGUUACGCAGUCUUUUAGGUGCGGUGGAUGUAUUUAUUCCUACUCUCCCAUCAUCAUUUAUUCAAGAUGUUCAGAUGGCACAGAAUGUUUUAUCCACUGACAUGGCAUCGCUGAUUGCUGCCAUGAAGCUAGCCAUUCAAUACAGCACAACUACUAUGGACGUUGAAUACAGAAAGAGCAUGCUGAAGGCUGCCCAUGUGUUGGCAAUGGAUUCCAAGAAUUUGCUAGAUGUUGUAGACAAAACUAGAGUGAAAGUGAAAUUGCAAAGUGGUCCCAGCUGAUAGUGAGCUGAUAGUGAGCUGGUGGCAGAAUCGGUUUAUUAGUGGUUAAAGGUUGUAUCAAUAUUCCUGGAAGACAUGGUACAUGUGUAUCAUCCUCGCACUUAACCAAGAAUAGAAAGCUUAUGGUAACAUGUUUAUCAGACACAGACACUCUGAUGUUUCACUACAGUAAAGGAAGUGUGCUGCUUCGUAUAGUUCAGAAGUGCUGUGUAAACACUUAAAACCACAUCUUAAAUUUUUGUAUUUGGACCAAAGUGUACAUUGAUAGCAACUCAGUUCACAAUACAUUUACUUAUUUACAUAUAUGUUUAUGGAAUAAUACUUGCAUGUACAAUUGAAGAUAUGGCUUGAAGCAAUAUUUUGAAAUGUGAACUGUGUAAUUGGCGAUUGGCCUUGAAAUAGGGAAAGACAACACAACAUAAAUGCAUGAAAGGAUGAACAUGUCAGAGAAUUAGGUUUGUAUGGGCAGAGAGCAUGUGAAGUAUGUCAUCAGUUUUCGCUGUCAAGAGAAUGUUGUGUAAAGGGAAAAUAUUCUCUUGCCAUUUAUUUAUUGCUGUAAAAUAAAAUUCGUGAAUUCUUGAAAA